GGCGGGUGCGGCCGCGGAGGGGCGCCCGCGCCUGGAGCACGUGGACUUUGCGCUGCGGGUGCUGCUCCUGCUGCUGUUCUUCCUGGGGAUCCUGCCCUGGAGGAUGGGGGAGCCCGCGUGGAACACGCUCGCGGACGUGCGCGCCUGGGGACCGCUGCUGAUACUGCUGGCGCUGUUCCUGAGCCGGGCCAGCCACUACUGGCUGACUGGUGCUGCAGGGCGGACGAGCCCGCCCGGUGCUGCUGCUGCUGCUGCUGCUGCAGGCGCCGGGCGGGCGCGGCGGCCGCGCCAGCGGGCGACCCGCAUGGCGCGCCCAAGGCGGCCACGGCGGCCGCCCCCGCCAAAGUGGUGGAGCACUAUCGGAGUUUCUGAAGACUUGCCGCAACUUGUUCUGCCUCCUCAGCCUGAUUUCCUUCCCGUGGGUGAGCUGCAUCUGGGGAGCCCGCUGCUACUUGUGGUUCCUGGCGCCGGCGAACGUCGGGCGCGAGCGGGACUGCUGGAAUUUGGCCCAGGGCGCCCCCCCCGAGAGCGCCUCCGCCGCGAGUGGCGCUGCAAGCGUGGACGCCUACGCUUGCUUGUUUUUUGA